GUCCAGAAAUCACUGCAUGCGUUCCCUCCUCCUUGGAGGCGAACUGGGCUGAGGCCAAGGCGGAGCCUAUAGAGGCCGAGGCAGUCCCGAGCGAGCCGAGCAUCCCGACGGCAGAGGCAUCGCCGCGAUUGCCGCUUGAACGGAGCAGCGAGCAUGCGGACAAGGCAUCCCCUGUCGAUCGGAACAGCGACUACGGAGUCUGCGGCUCGGAAGACUUGAAGCAGGAGCCGGCAGAAAUGCAUGGCAGCGGCAGCGCAGCCGCAGUUCCAGGUGCCGUGGCGAAGGAUGCCACCGAGCGGCCUGAGAUGCUUUCACAAAGCCGCCAGGAAGGUCCAGAAGUCACUGCAUGCGCUCCCUCCUCCAUGGAGGCCAAGGCGGAGCUAAAGGCCCAGGCAGUCCCGAGCGAGCCGGCAGAGGCAUCACCGCGAUUGCCGCUUGAACGGAGCAGCGAGCAUGCAGACAAGGCAUCCCCUGUCGAUCGGAGCAGCGACUGCGGAGGCUGCGGCUCGCAAGACUUCGAGCAGGAGCCGGCAGACAAAGGUAGCAGUGGCAGUGCAGCCGCAGCUCCAGGUGCCGUGGUGAAGGAUGCCAUCGAGCGGCCUGACAAAGACAACCGAUGGGGAGGCAACCUCAUGUCGGCAUAUCGCCGGCGAGCGCUGCUUGCCAUGGAGGCACGUGAGAUGGGGGCCGAGCCUCCUCCGCCGCCGAUGCCGGAACCGGUAGAGUCGGUAGAGGAGGAAACGGUGCUGCCCCGCCGCCGCGGCCGCCCCUCCAUCGUGGAGAGUUUCAAAAAGCGACGGCGCGCGGCACAGGAGCAAUGGCCAAUAAACUGCCAGCGAGGCUGA